GAGGCGGGCCGACGGAGGCCGCGAGCGAGAGCGAGUGAGAGCGAGGCGUGAUGGCUGCCCGCGCCGGCGGCUCCUCCUCAGGGAAGCGUGGAGCCGGGUCCGGGGGCUCCCGGGGAGCUGAACCUCAAGAAGAGCCGCCGCCGCCUCUCCAGGCCGUGCUGGUCGCCGACAGCUUCAACCGCCGCUUCUGCCCCGUCUCCAAGGACCGGCCCCGGGUGAGGCGGCCAGGGGUGGCGGCGUGGCCUUGUCUCCCUCACGGAGCGAAGCGCCCGGAGCUUCUGCCUUGCCUGAGGGUCGGGGGGGGCGUGUCCCAGGUUCGACCCUCAGAGGCAUCUCCGGGCAGGUCUGGGAGAGACCCGCUAGCUAGGAUAAUUCUGAGCUGAGUGGACCAGCCUUGGGUGCCCAGGUGUUUUAGAGCCGUAGUGUUGGAAGGGACCCCGAGGGUCAUCUACUCCAACCCCUUGCAAGGCACGGAUCCUGGCUAAAGGAUCCCUGACAGAUGCCCCCCCCCCCGACCUCCACAUUAAAACCUCCAAGGAAGGAGAUCUCUGGACUACAGCUGCCGGCACUUCUAGCCAGCAGCCAGGGAGGUUGGGAAAGCGCUGCUGGCAUCUGUCUCAGGAAGGUUGCAGCGGCUGCCGCGGCGGCUGUAGCGACCGAAGCGGGAGAGACAUGUUUUGUUGCAGCUGGGGUGGAUGAAGGCGUCCUCCGGUUGUACUGCUGCAGGUGUACCGUGGCAUUUAUUCUCUCUGCGCUCCUCCUCUUGUUUCUCCACUGGUCACUGCUGUGGAUGCAUACCCUGUCUCCAGGCACUGUGACCAUUUGCAAGGGAUUCCCACACAGCCGGGUUGAUGUUGCCAGCCUUCAUGUCACAAAUCUAGACAUCUUCGUAACGCAGAAUUGGUCUGCCAGCAGCCUUGGUCCCUGAAGCUGACUCAGCUCUGUGUUUACAAAGGUGUCUGCAAACAUUACAUGAAGGAUGGCAACAUCAACCCUGCUGUGUGGGAAUCCCUUGCAGGUGAUUGCAGUGCCUUGAGGUCUGGCUCGGCCUAAGGCAGCAUCCUCUGAUGUUUGUGGAAGGACUGCAGCUCCUGUCUGCGUUGGCCUGAUUCAGUCUUCAGUGUCAUCUCCAGCUGAGUUGAGAGAGACUCCUGACUGAAAUCCUGGAGAGCUGCUGCUGGCCAGUGUUGGCAGUAUUGAGCUGGGUGGACCCCAGUUGUCUGGCUCAUUUUGGGGAGGAGCCACAGCCCAGAGAGUUAAAGUGUCUGCCUUGCAAGCAGAAGGUCUCAGGUCUGAUCCCUGGUGGCAUCUCCAGGUAGGGUUUGGAGAGGUUCCCUUUCUGAAACCCUAGAGAUCCACCACCAGUCACUGCAGACAAUACUGAGCUAGAUGGACCAAUAGUCUGACUUGGUAUAAGGCAGCUUCCUAUGUGUACCCUAUGAGUAAGCCCCAUUGGAUUCAAUAGAGCUUCCCUGUGGUUGGUCACAGUUUGGAUUGUGCUGUCAUUCAGUGGUUGAAAUUCAUCCUCCUUUCUUCCAACACUGAUCUUUGCUCAUCUUUGGAAAAAGCUUCAUCUCUCCUGUUGCAUGACAGCUUGCUGUUACAGCAGCAGAAGUUAUUUCUUUUCUUAUAAAAAAGAAUGGCUGACCUUCAACUAAACAAUUGCAGAAGCCGAAUGAGCCCCUUGUGCAAUGGACCUUUUGUUUUCUCCUUGCCCCCUGCCCCCAUGCACACACCCCAUUGUCCCCAAAUGUGCUGCAGAAGGUUGGGGGAACUUCAUAAAAGAUUUAGGGGGUGUAUGGGGAGAAGAGGGGGAGAAUGUUUUAUUGCGUAAGGAGAAAUCCUAGCAGUGACACAACAUUUUCUUUAGUGCUAUGUCGAAUUCCACCCUUUGUGUCUUCCAUUCUUGGAGAGAUGACUUCCAUUGUAUCUUUAGACUCCAUUCAUAGCACACUCCUUUCUUAACUGAUAGUUCCAAGAAUCUCAUUGUAGGGACAUAUUUAAGAUGUUCACCUCCAGCCUCUGAGCCAUGCACCCAACACUGCAAGCAUUUUGUGUACACACAAAUGCCAAUGAAAAAUCUCUGUAUUGGGAAGUUUUAGGGAUAAUUUCUGAGGGCUGGAAAGAUGUUCUUUUUUCUGAAAGUGAGCCAGAUUAAGUCAUCUUUCCACCUGUCAGAACAUUAGCUCGCAUCUUUUAAAGUAAGGAAAGUCAUGAUCCCUUAUAUUCAGUGCAAUAGAAGGGUUAGUACUAAGACUUAAGCCUUUCUAGAUAUUGUCAGUUGAUGGAGAAGGUAACUUCUCUGGGAUAAUUCAUAUGAUCCAUGAACAACAGCAUGCCUUCCACUGAAAUUACCAGUUGUUGUGGAAGAUGUGUCAUCCUUUGAUCUUGCCUUUAAAAGGGGGGGGGGGAAUCCAGUAUUUAGGAAGCCCUUGUAAUCUGUGUCAUUGCUGGUUGUUAAGCAGGCUUUGCUGGAUAGUUUUUCAGUUUACAGCUGGCAAAACUUAUUAAAAAGAGACACCUAUUAUUGUGAAAAUAGCAGCUGAGCCCUGUCAUAGUUCAAGAAAAGAGAAUCAGUCAGCUCUUGAGCAGAUUCCUUGGUAGGCUGGAGAAUUCAUCAUGUUUUCUUGCAAGAGGAGUCCACAGUGAUGGCUACUGGUGGCUGAUAAAAAUAUUAUCCAGUUUUGAGGCACCUGCAGUCAUCUGAGGAGUUAUGUGCAGCAUUUACUUGAUUGCAUGCUUGUUUUGGAAUGAACACAUGCAACAGUUUGCUAAAACAGUUUCAACAGAGUGCAUGUUAAAGAACACACAAAGAGAACUUGGGACUCAUUUCCAACAAGAAACUUUAAGUGAAGAAUACCAUAUGCAGCAAGCUGCGAGUGAAUUGAUUAGACUCAAGUUGCUGCCAAGUUUUUGUGGCACGAUGGGGGGAAGGGAACUGAACUAAUUUUUUUGCAAGGGCUGAUGGAGACAAUAGCAUUGCUCUUAAGAAACUCUCAUAGAUGAACUUGUAGGCUAUGAGCAGGAACAAACAGAAGGGUGCCACGACUGAGAAGGCCCAGUUAAAUAUAGUCACCUGUCUUAACUUGAGAAGCAGGAGAAGGAUUUCCCCCCGCCCAGCAAUCUUUGAUUUAAAGGGAGAGUGUGUGGGCAGAUGCAUUUCUAAAAGUUACUGAGUCCAGACGAUUAAGGGUUUUAACAAUUAGCACUUUGAAGUUUUCCUGGAAGCUGUAUGGUUCAUUGAGUUAGCUGGCUUUCGGCAAAAUGCACAAGCCAGACACCUAAUGUAUAGGCACGUGUACACCUCAGACAUGCAGGUCCCCUUAGGUCUUAAAACUUUAAUGUGGGAACUUCCCAUCAUUCACUAGUUUACAGUGAAGAAAAAUAAACUACAAAUCCAUGCUGUGGUUAAUUAGGAAACAAUCUGCACCAGUUUAACGUUCCGGCUGUUGGAGCUACUGUUGUCAUGUGUGCCUGGAAACAAUGUGUGCCAUUGUGUAAGAAAGGAAAGAUGGCUGAUCAGUGUGAUAAGAGAGCACUUUUAUUCCCUGAAAUUUGAGGAUGUGGCCAUAUGUCAAGAACCCUCCCACCACAAGGUAACAGCCAGGGGGAAAGGGAAAUAGGAGGGAUCAGGGAUUAUAACAGCUGAAGUAUGGCUGUGCUAUCUUGUUUCCUGUACUUCCUGUGAAUGAAAGACUGAAUUUGGGCUGAAACGAAAUUACAGGCAGAGGUUUCUAGCAAAAGUUCUGUUGGUUCGCCUGUCUAGACUCUGUGGAAUGAAGCCAUGAGGCAGGGAAUGUGUGAGAAGGCUGACUUGUGGGUUUUUUUGUUUUUUGGAAGGUUGACUUGUUAAUUGGUUUAUACACAGAAAUUAUUCAAACAGGUUUUACGGUGAGGAAAAAUAAAACACAUACCUGGACCGUGGUUAGUGAAAAAGGAACUCCAGCAAGUAUUUUGGAGGCUGCUUUGCUUUUUACCUUGCUGACGUGGAAGCUGCUGUCGUAAUGUGUCGCUUUGAGGGAGUUGUGGCUUUGCUGGAGGCUAAAGAGGCAAAACCACCACACAAAACUGCAUUCCUUCCCUGCAUUGAAUUAGCCAGCCAGUCUUGUAAGAAAGUACUUUUACUACCUAAAAUUUGAGGUUGUCGUAGCCUGGGAGGAUGUGUAGCUUUAGUGUUGUCCGAUGAACAACUUGGGUCCAGGGUACCAUAAGGAUUGCCCAAGUCCUUAUAUCCCAGCUUGUUCACUGGGAUAACCUGGAGGAACGCUGUUCAUUGUACCCACUGCUACAGAGGCCUUACUGGCCUCAAACAGAAGUCAGACAUUUAGUGUCAGUGGUCCCAUGCCUUGGAACACUUUUCCAGCAGAAAUUCAGCAGGCACCCUCACUUUUGAAGACUUUCCCAUGCCAACAGGCCUAUGUAGCAACUUGAAGGUUUUUUGUUUUUUGAGUGGCCAGUUGUUUUAAUCAUUGUUUUGCGCAGCUCUUUCCCAUUUUAUCUUUGUAUACCACCCUGAUACUGUAGUAGAUAAAUGGCAGUAUAUAAAUAAAUGAUGACUUUGGCAACUGGACAUGCAAUGUUUUUAACCUUUGAUGUUUUAUUGUGUUUUUAAUAUUCUCUUGGGAGCUACCAAGAGUGGCUGGAGCAACCCAAGUUAGAUGGGCAGCAUAUAAAUACAAUGAUCAUCUUGCCACUUAUUUUGGGCGACUGGUUGAGGACAGAACGGGAGAUAAAAAGAUGUGAUUUGCUGGCUGCUGCAUCAGCAAUAGGAGAUAGGAGAGCAUGACACAGCAGGAAUUCAUACCAGGCCGUGUAUUAUUGGCUGUUAGUAUGUUUGUUGAAGAGUCAGGUUAAAUGGAGCCUGCGUGCAGUGAUAAAAGCUUGUGGAACUUUAAAGCAGGAGAGCAUACUUUGUGAUGCAAUCCUUUGCAUUUCUGCUUGGGUCCAAUUCCCACCAAGUUACGUGGGAAUGUGCCUAAUAAAUGUGCCUAGAUUUGCAGCCUUACAGAGCAAUCCUAGGCACGCGUACUUGUGUUGAUUGUCCCAUUGUGUUAAUUGGGGCUUACUUCUAGGAAAAUGUGCAUAGGAUUGCUGCCUUAAUUUCUUUGAUAGACCAACCAACUAAGGAGGGUUAAAUUAGUGGAGCCGAGACUGAAAAAGAAUGGAAAAUUAGAGGCCAUGGGUGAAGCUGUACCCCAGUGCCUGGUUCAAUAUAGCUGUUGCUAUGCUGUGAUGCGUGUCACCUUCCUUUUACAUGAGAUGGAAGAUGUGCUCAUUUGGAUGUCAUGCUGGCUCUGUUGUAUUGCUGGACUAAGGCAUGGAAAUAUUAAGAUGGCCUAUUGAUAAAAGCUGCAACUCAUUGUUAACUUAGCUUGUCGUUUUAAUAUCUUCAGAAGGCCACUUGUGGUGAGAUUUGGUACCAUACACAAUUUAAAAUUUUAAUUGGCUAAUGCUAGAAGGAAGAUGGAAUGGCGUGCAGGACUAAGUCCCCGAAGAACAUAAAACUUUCAAACUCGGCAGUGCGGUUAAAGAGGAUCAAAAACUUAUUCUAACAAGUUUCAGGGGCAUGAAUUCUAUAAACCCAGGGUAUGGGGUUGUUAAUUUCAAGGUCAAAUUACACAUUAUGCUAAAUGCAUGCUUGCAUUCAAUAUGUCUGGUUGGUUUUUUUAAAAACCUAGUGGCUGUGGAUUGGGACCAUGCAGGGAGUGUCCCUGUACUGGACAUCCCUGUCCAGAUGAAUAUCACCCCUUGAAGUUUGCCAUUGGGGAGAAGACACUUUUAGCACCAGUAGCAGCUUGGGGGCUGAUUUUUGUCAGGUGUGCUGGGGAGGGCAGGGCUUAACCCUCCUUGCUGUGGUCCUGAUCCUAUUCCCCCACAUGGCUGCUAUUUAAAAACAACACCACACAAACUGUUUCAUUGAAUACAAUCACACAUUGAAAAAGACGUUAGGGUGUGUUCCUGCUAGCAGAAUUAUAGAAUAUAAUGUAUUAUAACUUUUUUUGUGGAGACGCUGACUUUUCUUUAUCCUGUAGGCUCUGAUUCCAUUGGCAAAUGUAGCCAUGAUAGACUACACCCUGGAAUUCCUAACUGCAACUGGAGUGGAGGAAACCUUCGUCUUCUGCUGCUGGAAGUCAGCAGAGAUCAAGGAACAUUUACUGUAAGAGCAGACACAUUUUUGUUGCUUUUGGUCCUCCUUAGCUUUAUCUCAGGUCAGCUAUUCCUGCUGAUGGCUUUUGUAGGCCGGAGGUGGUCAGCCCCCAUAACCUCAUGCUUCAAGUGGCAUAUAGGUUUGUGGCAUCCAAGGGCAGAUAUGCUACAAGAUGAUGCUGUGCUUUGCUAGGAAUUGGGCGCCAUGUAUGAGUGUGUGCUAAGUGGUGGAACUGAGGCAGAGAGAGGUGUUGGGGGGAGAGGGAAUGUUAGCAAGAGAGAAAACGGGAUUUUAAACCAGCCCCUGCUUUCCUCAAAGUCUGUAGUACACACUCUUUAUACAAACAGUAGGGUGACAGAAUAGUUAAGAUAUCAAAGAUACCUUAAAAUCAACUCAUUCUUUCCAGCUUUCUUUUGUUAGGUGACACCCACAUAUGAGAGGUUUCCUGUAGACGGUUUCUUUUAUACUUCAUACACAAGUCAAUAUCUCUGUUUUCCAAGAUAAUCUGGAAUAGUUCCUGAUCUCCAAAUUUAUAGCAGUGCUAAUAAAGAAUAAUAAAUGUGGGCUAAGCAGUCUUGUAGCUUUAUGCUCUGCUCAGGUAGACUCAUUUGGUGAUUUCGGUUCAUAAUGCUGGUUUUGGGGGUUUUUAAGUAUGUAUGUCUUUGGAUUUAUAUCACUCCUUAUUCUGAAUUCUUAGAAUGACUAGUAGCAUUUUAGUAUUCUGUGUUUUUUUUGAAAUCUCCCCCAUGCAUGGAGAAAUCUUUUAGCCUGAUCCUCCGCAUUUUUAUUAUUAAUUAAAUUUAUUAGAUGCCUUCUCUUGCCACAUGCUGCUCAAGGCAUCUUUACAGAAAACAAAAACAAAAGUGGCAAGAAAGAAACGCUUAUUUUCAUUAAAAGCAAUGGGGGAGGGGGUGUUAGGGUUAUUUCCUUGUUGCUCCCUCAAGACAUUUCAAGCCGUUUGAUUUGUAAUAUGGUUUUUGUUUCUUCUAAUGCCAGAAAAAAACAUCAUUGAGUCGUCAUCUGCUGUACACAGUGUGCAUAUGUCCCCUUUAAUUCCAUUCUAUCUGCCUUCUUUGCCAGGAAAUCUAAGUGGUGCCGUCCAGCCUCUCCAAAUACUGUACGGUUUGUGACUUCAGACCUCUACCGCUCACUUGGUGAUGUGCUGAGGGAUGUUGAUGCCAAGUCACUCGUUCGCUCUGACUUCAUCCUUGUCUCUGGAGAUGUGGUGUCCAAUAUUAACAUUUCCACAGCUUUGCAGGAGCACCGGUGGGUAUCUGGGAGGAAGAUGAAGCAGCCUUUCUUGAGUCUCUGACUGUUUUCUCCUGGUGUGUGUCACUUAAAUUAAAAUCUCUCUUCCUUCACCACACCCUGACCACCUCUUUACAGGCUACGGCGGAAGCUGGAGAAGAACGUGUCUGUGAUGACAAUGAUUUUCAAGGAAUCCACACCAGGCCACCGUUCCAGGUGCCAAGAGGAUGACGUCAUCCUUGCCAUGGACAGCGCAACAAAGCAAGUGCUGCACUACCAGAGAACUCAAGGGCUGAAACGCUUCCGGUUCCCUACGGUGUGUUAAUAGGGGAGCAACUGUCAGGAACCUGAGGAUCAGAUUGGACUAAACAGUUGCGCGAGUGGGAGCCAGCGCAGCGAGUCCUGUUGGUGCAAUAGGGGUCUCCCUUCCCAACUAGCUUUGAGGUGUUGGGAAUUCAUAUGGGGGAGGAGAGGAGAGAAUUGCUUGCAGUGAUGGAACAGUCCUAAUAAUGUGACAUUGAAUUCCUCAUCCAGUUAUGUUCUUCUCCUGAUAAUCCAUCACUGGUUCCCUUCCAAGACCCGGGGUUCGGCUUGGGCUUGCUUUUGAGCACAGACAGUUCAGUGCACCUCCCGUCUUAUCUUGCAGGGUUGGUUGAUGGUUGAAUAAGAUAAUGUUGUAUGCAUGCCUGAAACAGGAGUAGGGAACCUUGCGCCUGGCUGCAACCCACAGAGCCUUUGGGUUCUCCCUCUCAAAGGAACAAUGAGGCUCUGCCUCAAUGGUCUGAGGCAGUGUGUCUUGGAUUACCAGUUCAGACGGUUGGGAAUCACGGUUGGGUAGAGUGCUGUUGCGUUCAGAUAAUAGGAGAAAGAAGGGGGGAUGGAGAGGACAGAAGAGUGAGAUAAGAGAAGGGGAAGUUUAGAUGAUGAUGAUGAUGAUGAUGAUUAAUAUUAUUAUUAAUUGAAUGCUGUGGAUGCUUGUGAAUUGAUGCCAUUUUCGUUCCACUCGUUUCUGGCACUCCCUCUAACACCUUGGGGCAGCUUCAUGUUUUAUGCACAAGUGUGGGCAGAUAUGCAAGUGACAUUCAAUAGUGCAGCCUCUUGAGAGCCAGUGUGGUGUAGUGGUUAAGAGCGGUAGAUUCGUAAUCUGGUGAACCGGGUUCGCGUCCCCGCUCCUCCACAUGCAGCUGCUGGGUGACCUUGGGCCAGUCACACUUCUUUGAAGUCUCUCAGCCCCACUCACCUCACAGAGUGUUUGUUGUGGGGGAGAAAGGGAAAGGAGAAUGUUAGCCGCUUUGAGACUCCUUCGGGUAGUGAUAAAGCGGGAUAUCAAAUCCAAACUCUUCUUCUUCUUCCUGAGCUCAUUGUGGGGACAUGAGUGAGGAAGUUGAGCAUCUCCCCCUGUAGCAAAGGGCAACUUGCUGCACCCUAGUUUCAGUUCUACACUUCCUUCUGUGAAGGAACCCCACACGUUGCCUUAAAAGUGUGGAAAGUCUUAAACUAGGUGCAUGAUCCUCACUUUCAGUUCAAAUCCUAGGCAAGCUCAUACAACCGGGGAAAAUAGGUUCGUCCCCAGCUUUGGUGGGACUCGUCCUAGCCUGAGUCAGUGGUGUUUCAAGUCAAAGGGUCUUGGGUUCUGAUAAAAUUUGAAAAGACACCUCUGCCUGAAACCUUCAGAGCUGCUGGCUCUUGGAGCAGAGAAAACUGGGCUCUCUUGGUGUGAAGCAAUUUCAUAUGUUCAUAUAGAGGAUGUGUUUUCCUUUGUGAGCACCUCCGCCUAACUUGUGAUACUGUCUGGAAACACUGGGAAGCUUAUUGUUCUGCAUCUCAUUUCACCCUACCAGUGGGGUCGCAGGGGAGUGUUGCAGAGCUCUCUAGAUUCCCUGUGUAGUGUUGUGAAAAACACACAGGCCAUUCACAAGCAGAAAACCACUGAUUUUAAAAGAAAUGUUAGCAUUCUUUAUCAGGAAACUUAGAAGAAAAGCAGGUAACGGUUAUGCCAUUAACAUUCAAACAUCCAUUGAUUAAAGUAUUAAAUGCUGAAAACGUAUUGGAGUUUGCUCCUGAUUUCAAUUCUGUGUACUGUUUCUGCAGGCACUAAAUGUUUCUGCUGCAGGUGGUUUAGUCUGAGCUGGUUGUUGGGCUUGGCUCAUGUGACACCAUACACACGUGGUCCAUUCAAGACACUCCUCCUGCCAGAUUCUUGCUGUCGAUUCUCUAGGUUAGCACGGAGAGAUGUUGGUAUCAAAUUUGUUGUGCGAGGCUCACUAGGCCUUUGCUGUGUCCUUACCUUUUUAGAGCCUGUUCCAGGGCAACGUUGAAGAAGUACAAAUACGACAUGAUUUGUUGGACUGCCACAUCAGCAUCUGCUCUCCACAGGUGGGUGUCAGAAGCAGACUCAGUGUUGCCGCUGGAGAGGCCUCCAUCUCAAGUGUUGUUUUGUGUUUAGCAACAUUAAGGCAAAAUGUGUUAGCUGGACGCUGAGGGCUGGCUGGUGUUUGCUGUUUAGGGAAAUAGUUUAUGCAGAAGGAUUUCUUCAGCCUAGAGGAACGACUGCUUUGCAGUGAAACAAACUGAAUCUUCCAUCCGUCAUUGCAUGGCCCUGAGUAUUAUUGGAGAGUGAGAAAAAUAUUUCUCUCUGCUCUUUCCACACAAUGCAUGAUUUUAUAUGACUUUUGCCAUGCCCCCUCUUACUUGCCUUUUCUCUAAACUGGAAAUCCCCCAAGGGUUGUAACCAUAAGGCUAUGGAGGUUAAGGCUGUCAAUGGCUACUUGGAUGCAUUAAAUCUCUUUUGUGUUACACUUAAUGGGAGGGGGUGUUAGAAAUUCACUGCAUUUUCUUCAUCUUGAUGCAAAGCUUUCUUAAGAGGAUUAUUUGGAACUGUGACUUCCUGUUCUGGCUUGUUUACCCUUAUGUCGCGCUUCUUCUCUUCUCGCAGGUGGCAGAGUUAUUCACGGAUAACUUUGAUUAUCAAACUCGGGAUGACUUGGUGCGUGGGCUUCUAGUGAACGAAGAAGUAAGUUUGUGUGAUGGGAGGCUGCUCUGAGAGGAUGAAGAGCCAGAGGCUGCACAGUGCUAACGUCAAGGACUGAUGAAGGGGUUUGUGGGUGGAGGAAGUACAGGGAGCUGGGGGCCUCAAUCUUUAGUGUCAUAUUUGAGCAAUGUUUUGGCUGAAUGUGGCAGAUGGUUGUCCCAGGCUGGUUGCUGAGGCACAUCCACUGCAUUUUGACAUCAGGAACACACCUUCACUGUAUUCUUUUCGGCAGCCACUUAAAAUGUUUUUCUUUGCACAAGCCUAUUCGGACAUACAUACAUACAUACAUAAUUUUAUUUAUAUGCCACCUUUUCAUAUGCCACCACGCUGAAGGUGAGUUAACAACAUGAGAAAAAAAUAUAUGGACAUAGCAAAAGUAGUUCUAAACAAUAAAUAAAGCAUUUAAAAGUACAAAACCAAACUGAAAUGUUUCCAUAUGAAUCACAACAAAAUCUAAAAUAAAGAUACAAAAAAGCCAACAGUAACCACAUCCUCCAACAAAAAUUCCCCAACAACACCCCAGCUCAGGAGUCUGUUUGGCAGCCUUAGCUUUGUAGCUGGAGUCAGUUAGGGCCCUCCCAGACUAAGUGGAAAAGGCCUGCAAGGCAGGGAGCAGGUCUUCCAGGGCUCACAGGUCAAUCUCUGACCUUUUCUUUAUCUCUUUUUAACGUACGUGUUGUCUUAUGCUCAGCUUGGUAUGUGGCCUAAUUACUGAGUGACCUAUGAAAGUAGUUUUGCAGGGGUGCCAUAGCUGUGUGCAAUGAAACCCCUGGAAGGGUAGAAAUCCAACAAGCAGCUGAAGUCUUCGAGAAUCCAAAAUCCGAGUCAAAUUCCAGCUUCCUCACGGAAAGGAGUCAAACUAUCAGCUGCUUUGCUUGGGAAUUGGGGACCGUGGCCUGUCCUUGCUGUUUUGGCUUUUUGAAUAGCAUCUCUGAACAGUGCCUCUCUCCUGGACACUUUAGUUGAGAUUCCUGCAUUGCAGCGGGUUGGAUUAGAUGACCUUUGGGUGCACCUUCCAACUCUACAAUUCUGUGAUUCUCCCUUCUCCAGGUCCUGGGCAACCAGAUCCAUAUGCAUGUGACAUCCGAAGAGUAUGGCGCCCCUGUGUCCAACUUGUUGAUGUACGAGUCCGUGUCCUUUGACGUCCUGCAGCGCUGGGUUUACCCGUUGACUCCGGAGAUGAACUUCACCGACGACAAGACGCAGAGUUGCACACAUUCGCGGCACAACAUCUACCGGGGUGCGGGGGUGAGCCUGGGCCAUGGCAGCGUCUUAGAAGAGAACGUCCUCAUCGGGCAGGGAACAUCCGUUGGCAGGAAAUGCUCCAUAACCAACAGCGUUAUUGGCCCCAACUGCAAAAUAGGCAAGUUCUUCCCUAAGUGAGGGUGCAUGGGUUGGUGGAGAAGUCCGCACCGUUUUGUGGUUGAAGGAGCAGGAGUUCUGAUAGAAGAAAUGAUAAAUAGCCACCAAGAGACAAAUGGGGGAGGUGAAGUUACAUUGGAAGGGGCAGAAUUAUCCAUCUCUGUCUCAGGGAAUUGGUUCUGCUACUCAGACAGUGUAGCAUAGGCUUUGACAAUCUGUUCUGGAUUGCAAGCUGUCACAGCUGGGUUGAAGUGCAUUGCAGGGCCUGGGCUGGUUCAGGCUCAGACUUCAUGGGGUUGACCCAUUGGGUUAUGCUUGAGUCUUUCUUCUUUUGCUCCUUGCGUUUGCCCUACAUAAAAGACCUGCUGCUACCUCUUGUCUUUGAGCGCCAGCAUCCCAACACUGGGGACAGGCUCAGAGCUGUCACAGCAUGCUAGGUUCUGCUCAGAACAUGGAAGGUGGCACAUCUUACCAUCUGCAAGAGAAGGGUGGGUGAGCAGGAGAGGUAGGAAAUUGGGGGAGCUGUGACAAGGGAGAAGCAGGUAAAGUUAGGGCUAGGAUGAGUCAGGGUAUAUAUUGGCAAUCCCAGGUUCUUGCAUGGAGUGUCUGUAGGGUUAGCUAGCAGCAUCGAGUGUUUCUGCUGCAUGAUGGGUAACUGUGUAGUGUAAGAUGACAGUUCUGUUUCACUUCCUUUUGUUUGUGAUUGGCAGGGGAUGAGGUCAUUUUGGACAGGGCGUUCCUGUGGAACGGCGUCCGUGUAGGGGACCAUGUACGAAUCCAACAAUCUAUAGUGUGCGACGAGGCCGAAGUGAAGAAGGGGGUAACCUUGAAUCCUCGCUGCGUUCUCACUUCCCAGGUGAGUUCGAGGAGCUGCUGCUCUGCCCUUGGACUAGGUUUCUUACGUGAUAUGUCAGUGGACAGAUUUCUGGCCCUUUGUCCCCAAAACACCCCUUUCAGAAUUAACAAUCUGGCUGAAGACUUGUUUUAAUAAUAAUAAUAAUAAUAAUAAUAAUAAUAAUAAUAAUAAUAUUUUAUUAUUUGUACUCCGCCCAUCUGACUAGGUUGCCCCAGUCACUCUGGGCAGCUUGAUGAAUGCCCUAGGCUAGUCACUGACCCAGCCUCUGUUUCCAAUCUGUGAAGUGGGGAUAAUGAUGACCUGCUUUGUGGGAGUCCUUGCGACAUAAAGAUCGCAAGGCAUUUUGAGCAGCUGUUAGCUUUGCUUUAAAGCAGGAGUGUGAUGGCCAAGAUGAGAAUUGCUGGUGGCUUUGACCACUGAUCCUUCCGCAGGCGCUUGGAUUUGUUCCUUGGACCAUCUGCCUGCAUGAACGCCCUGUAAUUCUGGGACUGGGGUUUGCAGGUGCUUUUUCCUCCCGGAGGAGUCAAAGCACCAGGUAUUCCUGGCAUAGAUGGAAACAUUGCUUCAUUUCCAGGUGGUGGUGGGACCUGACAUGGUCCUCAAAGAAGGCACCGUCAUCUCUCUGCAUCCCACGGAUGAAGAGGAGGAGGAUGACGACCAGUUCAGUGAUGAUUCGGGUGUGAACAAAGAAGAGAGCAACGUGAAGCUAAAAGGUGUGUGAGCAAUUCUGUCUGGAAUUGCUGGCAAACAAUGUGGGGUCACCUACCUCCCCCCCCCCCCAUGCCUUGUAUUCAUGGUGGCUUUUACAGAGCCUUGUGCUUGUUCAGUUUGGAAAAUUGGAUAAUGUGCAAGUACUGAUGGUUAAGCAAGUGGCCGAGGGACCUGUCCCUAGGGGAGCAGUAGGGAGGAGAUGCAGGAGAGUACAGAGCCUUCAGCUCCUCCUGUUAGGGUGGUGCAACGUUCAGCAUAUCAAGCUGAUCUUAGGUUCAAAUCCAAGCUCAGCCAUGGUUUUGCCAGCCUUAAUUUCUGCAUCUUGAAAAUUGCAAUUGGGGCAUAACUGCUGGAGAACAUAAGAAGAAACUGCUGGACCAAGCAAGACCCAAGCACAAGAGCUGUCUCCCCUCCUGUGGCUUCCAGCAACUGGUAUUCAGAAGCGUUACUGCCUCUGACCAUGACCAUGGAGGCAGAGUGUAGCCAUCAUGGCUAGUAGCCACAGAUAGUCUUAUCCUUCAGGAAUGCGCCUAAUCUUUUAAAUCCACCCAAGCUGGUAACCAUCACUACCUCCUGUGGGCUACGUUCCAUUGGUUUAACUGUGAGCUACAUGAAGCAAUAACUUGAACCUUCUUAAAAGGGAGAGCCCACUGUUAACUCUGCGUUGUUGGUUGGUUCGUUUUUGAUAACAUGGAAAUAAUCUGAUGCUGUGUUUUAGAGAACGAUUUGAAAAGAAAGAUGACUGUCCAGGGAAGAGGUACAGACGGGGAAAUACCAUGCUAAACAUAUACAGUACCAUUUUCAAUAUUGAACAUAGGCUGCCAGCCUUGAUCUAGAGGUCAUCACGCACUGUUUGGGCCACACCUAUCGGAGGGUGUGUGUGUGUGUGUGUGUGUGUGUGUGUGUGGUCAUGCUGGCCGCCUCUUUUUCUUAACCCAGCCUGCUUCUUGAGAAGUGGUUGAAAUCAAGCCAACGUUGCUUCCUUUCCCCCUACUCUAGGCUACAAUAUAGCGGACGUUGGCUCACAGGGGAAAGGCUAUCUCUGGAAAGCAGAUGAUGAGAAUGACGUAGACCAAGUGGAGCAAAGGCAGAGUCUUUGGGGUAAGAACAAACGGCACUUGGACAUAGUGGGUUUGAACAGGCGACUGUUGGUGGAAUGUCACAGCCACAGAAAAGUGGGCUGUUGAUUGUGGGCCCUCCCCACCAGCUUCUUGUCCUGUACAGAUGGCCUUGGAAUGAUCAGGAGCUGGGCAAGAAGGCAGAAGAGGCAGCAGCUUCCCUUAGCCUUGCAUAUGAUUGACUUGUUCCGUGUUCAGGCUUCCUCCAUAUGGCACAGCCAGCAGCCAGAUACAGGAUUCUUAUUCUUACUAUUUUAUUUAUAGUUAUAUACCGUAUUUUUCGUUCUAUAGGACGCACAUUUCCCCCUCCAAAAAUUAAGGGGAAAUGUGUGUGCAUCCUAUAGAGCGAAUGCAGGCUGCGCCGCUAAGCCCAAAGCCAGAACAGGAAGACGGAGCACUGCGGAGCGCUCUGUCUCGCUGCUCUAGCUUGGGGACGGCUGCGCGCACAGCCUCUCCAGGGCAGUGGGGUGCCUUCACCCCGCUGUCCUGCAGAAGCUAGCAAGGCUGUUCCCAAGCCAGAACAGCGAGACGGAGGGCUCCGUCUCGCUGCUCUAGCUUGGGGAUGGCUGCGCGCACAGCCUCUCCAGGGCAGUGGGGUGCCUUCACCCCGCUGUCCUGCAGAAGCUAGCAAGGCUGUUCCCAAGCCAGAACAGCGAGACGGAGGGCUCCGUCUCGUUGCUCUAGCUUGGGGACGGCUGCGCGCACAGCCUCUCCAGGGCAGCGGGGUGCCUUCACCCCGCUGUCCUGCAGAAGCUAGCAAGGCUGUUCCCAAGCCAGAACAGCGAGACGGAGGGCUCCAUCUUGCUGCUCUAGCUUGGGGGCGGCUGCGCGCUCAGCCUCUCCAGGGCAGCGGGGUGCCUUCACCCCGCUGUCCUGCAGAAGCUAGCAAGGCUGUUCCCAAGCCAGAACAGCGAGACGCAGGGCUCCGUCUCGUUGCUCUAGCUGGGGGACGGCUGCGCGCACAGCCUCUCCAGGGCAGCGGGGUGCCUUCACCCCGCUGUCCUGCAGAAGCUAGCAAGGCUGUUCCCAAGCCAGAACAGCGAGACGGAGGGCUCCGUUUCGCUGCUCUAGCUUGGGGACGGCUGCGCGCAAACCUGUGCGGGGCAGCGGGCGCUGCGCUCCAAAGGCUUCAGGGAUCUUUGAGGCUGGCGGUGGGGGAAAGCAGCGCUUCCCCCCACCGCCAGCCCCACAAGCUCUGGUGAAUGUACCUUGAACGCACCUUGUUUUAGAGGGGGAGAACAAGAAAAAAAAUUUCCCCUGUUCUCCCCCUCCUAUGAUCCAGUGCGUCCUAUGGUCCGCUGCGUCCAAUGGAGCGAAAAAUACAGUAUAUAUUUAUACACCUUUUCCCAUGAUGGGAAUCGAGGCAGGGGUAUCUUAUUUUAGAGAGAAAAAUAAGAACUGCUAAAAAUAUGGGGGGGGGACUAUUAUUAAGGAGCACCUAAACAUUGAUGCAUUUAAAACUAUAUACACAUAUAAAAUCUAUUAAAACCAUACAGAUAAUCACAAUAAAACAGCAUGGCACCAGCCCUUUAAUUUAAAGCAGGCAGUCCCCAAAAGCCGGUGGGAACAGGAAAGUCUUCACCUGCUGGUGGAAGAACAACAAGGAGGAAGCCAAUCUAGCUUCUCUAGGGAGGGAGUUCCAACGGCUGGGGGCAGCCACCGAGAAGGCCUCCUAGGAACAUGUACUACUUGGGAGGGCAUGCUGAUGCCUUCCAUAGGCAGGAUCCUGCACUCCCGGGUGACAGUUUCCUUUCCUAAUACUUGCUGUGGUGUCCAAAGAUCAGCUGAGAGCAUCUUGCAGUACAUAGUCCUUGGAAGGCUGAGCAAGGGUGGGGUGGGGUUCAGCACUGCGUUCUUCCAAUUGUUCAUCUCCACAAGCAUUUCAGCUUGCCAGAUGGAACGACCCCCCCUCCCCACAUGCGCUGUUCCUGAGGUUCUCCGGAUGCCCCCAGAGCCAAUUUCAGGGGUGUGGAGGGAGGUGAGGGAGGGGGAAAACCUUGUUGUGCAAGUAUAAGUCCUUGCUCAGGGUUUGUGCUCAAGGGGCUGGUUAGGCCAGUGUGAGAGCCAGUGUGGUGUAGUGGUUAAGAGCGGUAGUCUCGUAAUCUGGGGAACCGGGUUCGCGUCCCCGCUCCUCCACAUGCAGCUGCUGGGUGACCUUGGGCUAGUCACACUUCUGAAGUCUCUCAGCCCCACUCACCUCACAGAGUGUUUGUUGUGGGGGAGGAAGGAAAAGGAGAAUGUUAGCCGCUUUGAGACCCCUUCGGGUAGUGAUAAAGCGGGAUAUCAAAUCCAAACUCUUCUAGUCUUCUUAUAGGUGAACCCUGCCCUUUAGAAAGCCAUUCUUGAGUGGCUUCAUAGCUUUGCAUAAACACCCAGCAGGUGGAAUAUCAUCCUCUGGGCUGGGGUGCUUGGCCAAAUUGAUUUUGGGGGGAACUUCCGCAGCCGGUCACUUUCUCUUUCCAUCUUCAAUAGGUCCCAUUUUAAAUGCAGAAGAAGAAAGCGAGUCAGAAAGUGAUAUGAGUCUGGGGUCUGAAGGAGCAGACAGCCGGACAGCUUCUCCUCUGUUGGAUGAUAUCAAAGGUAAGAGCCAUUUGGCUUUCAAGGUAAGGAGUUAGCUUUGCAUGCAUCCUCUUCCCUGUUGUGUACUGUGUAGAAAACCACUUGUGCAAUAAAGAGAAUCCAAGUUUGGCCACUGGACUUUGCAGAUUUGGGAACUGAUGCCUCCUGCUAUUGGCUCUUUCUCAGGGAGUGUUGGUGUUUGUUGCUUCUGAUCUAACAAUCUGCUGUUGCCUUGGCUUGCAGUUUUCCAGAAUGAGGUGCUGGGUACCCUGCAGAGGGGCGAAGAGGAAAACAUAUCCUGUGACAACCUGGUUCUGGAGAUCAACUCUCUCAAGUAUGACAAUGUCCCCCAACCAAAAAAUAUACGUUUUGAACUUGCAGGAGGUUGUUGUUUGAGGGUGGUCUUCUCAGUCCCUCAGUUCAGAGACAAGACAAUUAUGCAGAGCCACAAUUGCACGUGUGAGGCCCACAGUUACAUGUACAAAGCUCUAUUUUCUGUCAAAUUUGAUUUUUGAACAGCAGGAGAUAAAGCAGAAUUCAGGUCAAUUCCCUGUUCUGUUCCUCUUGCAUCUCAGGCUUAUUUCUAAAGCCAGUCACGGAGGUGAGCAGGAGGAGGAAGAGGAUGCUCUGACCAGGCGUGUCUGUAUGUUCCCUGUCUCUCCACCUCUUCCACAAUAGCAGAGACAUUUUGGGUGGUUGCAGUGCUAAAUCUCUAAGUUAGGAAACUUCUCUAGGCCUGGUUUUGGUGCUCCAUAUGUUGUUGGACUCUCUUUCCAGUCCUCCCUGACCAUUGACCACGCUGCCUGGGGCUAGUUUCCCUGCUCUAGGUUUGUCUGCUACAGGAUCCUUUCCCACUCUGUAACUUUACACCCAUGGAGGAUAAGGCUAUGCUCUGCCUCCACGGUCAGAGGCAGGAUGCCUUUGAGCACCAACUGCUGGGAACUGCAGGAAGGAUGCAGAGAUGGAUGCUGUGGAUCAUUGACCUGGUCCAGGCUCCUCUAACAUCGAUGUUCAAGAGCUUCCCGCUGUUUGAGAACCACUGAAGCAAAGAAUCUGACACAUCUUCAUGUUCUCCUCUGGGGUCUUCUGUGAACAAGCGCAUGGGCUCUACUUCUGAGCUGCAGGGCCCCAACUCCCAGAUGCCUCUGCGAUAGCUCAGUGGGUAGAGCAAGAGACUUUUAAUCUUAGGGUCAUGGGUUCAAGCCCCACAAUGGGUGAAAGAUUAUUUCAUUGCAGGGGUUGGACUGGAUUCUAUGAUUAUUAACACUUGUAGUGUGAGUUACAGUUUGAGUUUCUUUACUGCUAAUAGUAGGCGUAGUAGUAGUAAUAAAUCAACUGAGAACAUAAUCUGUAAACUUCUUGUCAAAUUGGCAUGUUACUUUUCUCAGCAUGCUAUUUAUAUAAGAUUAUUUUUGUGGCAGUAAAGUUCUGGUCGUAGGCUUUGCUGGCACUCUUAAAUUUUUAGGGCUGGGUCUGGACACUGGGGACUGUGGCUGAGCAUGCAGUAGUACAGAGCAGAUCAAGAUUGUUAAAAACAAAGUAGUGAAUAGAAUGUUUUUUUCAAAUGACAGCUAUGUUAACACAGAAUCUUAAUAUAAGCAUGAUAGCCGUAAAGUGAAUCUCUAAACUAGAUAAGUGCCUCUACCAAAGAUAAGUGAGUUAUGGGAGAAGUGCUGAUAGUCUGCCUACCAAACACGAGGUAUUUCAUUUUCUCCUGAUGAAAGUAAGUUGUUCAAGUCUCUCCAGUAGCUCUUUGACCUUGCUUCCACCCUCCAGUCAUGGGAAUUUCAUUUUUGCCUGCUAAUUUGUUUUUGUGAGGGGAAGGCAGGGAUAGGCAAAGGCAGAAAGGAGCAGCCCUGAGAAGAGGGAAGGAGAAGAAAAUACAAAUUUUUCCAGUGUGCAGCUUUAACUUCAAAAACUACCAUGAGUGCUGGCUGUAAGAAAAAGCCUAUAUGGCAAUAUUUCAAAGAUGUUAUCUUUGUAAGUAAAAAAAGAAAUCAUGUAAAAUACGCAGAGGUGCCAGGUCUGGUUGGAAUGAAAAAGUGUAAACAAACAAAGAACAAAAAAACCACCCUACUUAGUUGUAAAUGAAAACCACAUGGUCAGACUUCCGCCAUUGUUUUAAAAAUGUCAGACAAAGGAUCACAGCAGGAAACUCUUUCAAAUUACUUAAUUUAUUUUGGAUAUUCUUCCUUACUCAUUUGAGCCAACCCACCGUGCAAUUUUACACUAGCAAUUACAGAGUGUUGUUGAAAGCAUUGUGCAUUUUCUUUAAGCUGUGCAUUUGGUAGUGGGUAGCAGAUCAGAUAGGGGAGAUUGAUGAGUUCCCCAUCCAUGUCCCAUAAUACCUUGCUAUCUCUCUCUUCCCCAUUCAGAUAUGCCUAUAAUAUUGGCCUGAAAGAGGUGAUGGAGGUGCUCAGUAAAGUGGUUCUGGAGUUCCCACUGCAGCAGCUAAAUGCGGAAAAGGACCCUCAACAUUACUGCAUGCUGGUAGUCCCUGUGAGUUUCCCUGCUCUCUCACUGGAUGCAGUGUCUGUCUUUACUUCUUCAGGAACUCCCCUCUGUUUGGAGAAAGGGCAGUAUUUGCUGUUCCAGAGACACAGGUCUCUCCUCCGAUGAGAUACUGCUAGAUGCUCCCUGGGCCAUUGUUUCCUGUGUUGGAUUUUGUGAACUGUAAAAGCAUUAUCUACAGAGAAAGUGCUCGCUGUGUUUGCAAUUUCCUGCUCAUCUGUGGUCUGGAAAGCUUAUUAUCUAUCUUUUCUUUCUUUUCUUUUCUUUUUAAAAAAGUACUUCUUAUGCACCCUUCACGAAAAGGGCAGCAUACGAAAGUGUAAAUAGGAUCAAUUCACGCAGCAUAUAUUAAAAGCCAACAAAGCAAGCAUAAGAAAACCCAACAAGUCAAAAUCCCUAACGUAGCUGCAUCUUUUUGUUCUUGCUUCCCCCUCCCCUUUCCUCUGUCAUGGUGCCGCUGCCUCUUAAAUGCUUUAAUAGUUUUCUUUAGUAACUCCUCUUUCCUGUAAGUAUAAAAUAGUAAGAAGCUGUUAACAGGCUCUGGCCGAAGUGCUAUACUUAGUGGGGCUGUUUUGCUGCUUCCAGAGUGCUAAUUAAAUGGUGCAGGAGAGGAUUGGCCAGGAAUGCAAAGGGCUUCCUGUCUUUCAUCCUUUCUCCUGUUUCUGGCAGUCUGUGCUGAUAAUCCUUGCAGUGCCCUGACUUGUCUCGGGCGAGCGCAAACGGAGCUUCAGGAAGGCUUCUUAAGCGAGGGGUGCAUUUGACAACUAGCCUCCCCCAGAGGAUACAUGGGGGGCUCCACUGGAGCCCAACUUAAUUGCUCCUUUCUUCCAAGCUGUUGUGUCCAAGGAAACUGCCUGGUGCACUCUUGCUCAGAAUUGUCUACACCAGAAGUGGGAAACCUUUUAAAAAGAGGAUUGGACAAAUUCAUGGAGGAGGGGGCUUUUGGUGGCUACUAGCCAUAAUGGCUGUUCUCUGCCUCCACAUUUUUGAAGGCAGCAAUGUUGCUGAGUACCAGUUGCUGGAAACCACAGGAGGGGAGAGGGCUGUUGUGGUCACAUCCUGCUUGCAGGUUUCCCACAGACAUCUGGUUGGCCUGUGUGUGAGAACAGGAUGCUGGACUAGAUGGGCCAUUGGCCUGAUCCACCAAGGCCACCUGUCAUGGAAGUUUUAGCUGAGAUUCCUGCAUUGCAGGGGGUUGGACUAGAUGACCCCUGGGGUCCCUUCCAACUCUACAAUUCUAUGAUUCCAUGUUCUUAGUGGGCUUGUUUGUUUGUUUCUCAUCAUGAGGGCCGUAUUUGCUCAUGGUCAACCUUCCUGGGGCCACCUGCACAUUGCAGGUAGGGCAAUGGAUAUGGCUCUUUGUGUAGUGGGCUAUAGCUCAUCCAUGCAAAAAUCGGUGUUUUCUAUAGAGGCAUCUCUCUCCAUCCAGGCAUUAACACAGCUGAAGGGCAUAUUGCAGCCAGACAAAAGAACUGGAAGGGUUCUUUUGAUUGGAAUCCCCUCUCCAUUCUCCCCCACCCCGUGUUUAUUUCUCUAAACUAGGCACCUCUACCCUUUCCAGACCCAGGACCCACUUUUAAUGCAGCAGGGAUUCAUUUCUUAACCUUUCACCAUAUGUUUGCAUGCUGGCAGUGCUCCGGUUGAGACUCACCUUGGAUCAGGCUGCAGCCCACCAGGUGAAGACCAGUGUUCUAGGCUCAUACAUUGCUUUGGGUUGGAAUCUUGUCCCUUCCAUUGAAGGCUCUCCUCUCCUCCUGCACCACCCUCCCUUUUCUCCAGUCUUCUGGAGCAAAUCUGGGGAAGGUGUGUGGGUGGCUGCAAGAGGGAGGGGAAACUGGGCAGAAACUACCUUCUUCCCUGUCCCACGGACAGAAGCCUCUGCUGGAUUAGAGAGCCUUCCAUCAGCAGGCAGACCCUGCUGGAUCCAAUCCAGUGGUUUUCAUAAUGAAUAUUGCAGGGGGUUUUUUCUUUCGGCUAAAUGUUUUCCAUAUUUAACUGGUUUUGUUUUACUCCUUGUGUGUUGCCUUGGGUGCUUACAAAAGGUGAAACAUGAGUAAAUAAAUUCUUUUUUUUUUUAAUGCCUUUUUCAUGGUACAUGCAAAACUUGCCGUUCAUUCCUGUUAUGCGGAGGGCUCUGCCAGGAUGUCACUCACGUCCUCUUGAGUGUAAACAAAGCUUGCAAAUUAAUUCUGCGUUUCCAUGUCAUGCAAGCUGCCCCCAAAAUUAACUCCACACACACACACACACACACACACACACAGUAUAUAUAGCCCCCGCCCCUUGCAUCUUUAUUUUAAUUUACGGAAUAAAUAAUAAUCCGCUACAUGAUCAAGAUACUUUUUAAAAAAUCAACCCAAUUUCUAGAACAAAUGGAAAUUACUUUUUUUUUUAAUACAAGCUCUCUGUUACUAAGCAAGCAGCUCUGGUCCUUGUGAGAAUGUGAGCUAUUAGUGGGAAUGCUGACUGCCUUUAGAGCAAGUUUUUGGCUCCUCAGCUCCCAUAUUCUCUGACCUUUGGCCAUUCUGGCUGGGGCUGAUGGGAGUUGUAGUCCAAGAACUUCUGGGUGGCCUUUGAAGAGCACACAGAUAACGCACAUAGUUACCGUAUUUUUCGCCCUAUAGGGCGCACCGUCCCAUAAGGUGCACCUAGGGGUUUUUUUGGGAGGGGAAAUAAAGGAAAUUUUUUUUAUCCCCCCCCCCCAGGUGCGGGGCUGGGGCGGGGGAAGCCCGAGCUUCCCCCGACCCCAGCCCCCAGAACAGGCAACUUUCUGCAAGCCGUGGGAGCCCGGCGCCGGGCUCCCGCACCUUGCGGAGAGCUGCGCGAAGUCUGGGCGCGCUGAGCUCAGCGUGCCCAGGCUUCAGCAUGCAGGCAACUCACCGCAAGCCGCGGGAGCCCACCGCGGGCUCCCACGGCUUGCGGAGAGCUGCGCGAAGCCUGGAGAGCGAGAGGGUCGGUGCGCACCGACCCCUCUCGCUCUCCAGGCUUCAGCGAAAGCCUGCAUUCGCCCCAUAGGAUGCACACACAUUUCCCCUUCAUUUUUGGAGGGGGAAAAGUGUGUCCUAUAUGGCGAAAAAUACGGUAUACAGUAAUAGAUAAUGUGAAAGGAGUUUAAUUUAUUUCGGCUUCGCCCAAAUCUGCAACCUGUAACUGGUUGCUGUGGAGCAAAAUCAACAGAAGGGCUAAGCCUCAAGUACAAGUGAUUCUUGUUUAUUUGUAAGCUGUAAUAAAUUCCCACCAUGCUGCAGUGUAUGUGAUGGAGCUGCGUUGUAAGGCCCUCAUCCAUCCUGAACUGCCAAGCAGAGACAAUGCACCAUCUCCAGUUGCAUGAGUUUUAAUUAGUAUCACAAUCAGAUGUUGCUACAGGUGCUAAUAAAGCAUCCUGUCGUUCUGUUGCCAACUCUUAAGGCCUUGUUUUCAAACAUCUGGAAAGGGGGUUGCACUCAGUGACCCACGGGGGCCCUUUCAGCUCUACAAUUCUAUCAUUCUAUGAUUCCAGAAAGGCGCUAGCUCUAAAUGUGUUUAAUGUGAUUGUAAUUUAGCCUUAAAGCAGACUUUGCCAACCCCAGGGAGUAUCACCUUGGAGGGUACCAGGUGGCCAAAGGCUGCCUUAUUGUUUUCCAUUAAUUUAGGCCGUCUUUUCUCAAACUUUGGGCCCCCAGCUUUUCUUGGACUACAACUCCCAACAUCCCUGACCACUGGUUCUGGUAGUAAGCAAUGAUGGGAGCUGCAGUGCAGCAGCAACAAGGGACCCAAGGUUGAGAAAGGCUUAUUUAGACAAUGUCAGGGCUGUGAACUGCUGUCAGCAUGUCAGGGUCAAAUUCUCUAGUGAUAAGAGGAUGAACAAAGGAAGCCUUAUACUGAAUCAGGGCAUUGGCCCAUCCAGAUGGGUACUGCCUGCCUUGGCCGGUAGUGGUUUGUCCAGGGUUUCAGGCUGAACUCCUUCCCAUACCUACCUGGAGAUGCUUGAGAUUGACCCCAGGACCUCCUGCAUGCUCUGCCUGUGCUCUGCCACUGAGUUAUAGCCCUCCCCAGAGGGCCCUAUAUUUGUAUAACGUAACGCAAUGUUUCUCAAAACUUGACUCUCCAGCUGCUUUUGGACUACAAUUCCCAUCAUCCCUGACUACUGGUCUUGCUAGCUAGGGACGAUGGGAAUUGUAGUAAAAAACAACAACAGCUGGAGACCCAAAUUUGGGAAACACUGAGGUAAUGGCACGUCUGUAUAUGAUACCUCUAAGUGGUCACCUCUUUGUCUCUCUUUUGCCCACUUUACCCCUCUUAACAGUUGCUGAAGAACUGGGCUCCAGUCUUCAAGAACUACAUAAAGCGGGCGUCAGAUCACUUGGAUGCCUUGCACGCCAUCGAGGAGUUCUUCCUGGAGCACGAAAACCUAUGCAUGUCCAUGGCCAAAGUGAGUUUUUAUGCCAAUGGGAAGGGUGUGUGUGUGUGAGAGAGAAAGCUUGUUCUUUCCAACGUGUCUGCUUGAAUUAUGCCUUGUUUUCUGCACCAGCACUUAGAGUUGUCCCUUAUCAGGAAGGGAAGGGUUCAUGUGCCUGUCAGCAGGAGUUGAUUAAGAAUCUGCUUUCCGAUCGUUGAAAGGGACUUGUUUGUGCAGCCAACACGGUUGGCGCAGAACACACUGCUGUGUGCCCCUUGUUAAAGGCAAAUGUCCAAGACGCACAAACACCAAGUGCCUGCUAUGUAGCAAGAAGACACUAACCCUCAGAUCAGAUCCCAGUUUAGAAAGCAAGUUUUUGCAAAGGCUCAGAAGCCUAAGCUACUCAAACCACAGGGGUCCGCACAAAAUCUUCUGUUUUUGGCAAGAGAUGCCACCUUUUCAGACUUUUCCUCUGUAGCAUUGUUGAGUUUGAAGGAGGGGUGUUAAGUGAAAAUGGAGACCUUUGAGAUUUUGCUCCGGCUCCUGAAUCGCAGAAGUCUUUCUUCUCCCCUGAGCUGGUGGAGGCAUACAAGUCUCCUGCAUCACCUGCGCUGCUGAGACUGCCAGGGACCUUGGAGGGCGUGUGUGCCUCUUUGCCAAACGUUCCUCUUCAACCAGGCCUUCAGCUGAUUAAUAUUCCACAGCAUUUUAAAUUUGUUUGUGGGAAGGCGGGUGUUAAUAGUUUUGGUGUCUUUGUUUUAACUAUCUUGUAUUUUAUUCUGUGAGCCACCCUGAGAUCUUGUGAUGAAGGAACAUUUUUGCCUGGUGCCUAAAUAUAUAUAAUGAAGGUGCCAGGCAGACAUAACUGGGGUUUGGCAGUGUGGUGGGGCUGCAUUGUACAGGUUUGACUUUUGUCACCAGCUGUUUUCCAUGCAAGCCUCAGGAAGAGAAGGUUUUUAUUUAAAAGUGCUGGCAUUUCUAUGAAGCCUCAGGAACUGAAAGAGGGCUGUGGGAGCCUUGCCUGCUCUGCGCAGUUCCCUGUCCUCAGCCUCCUCAUCUUGCAUCCCAGGGCCCCUCCUACCAACCAAGCAAGCAAGCUUCUGACAUUGGUUUGCUUUGCCCUUCUGGCCCCUGAGUAAGCAACUGAUCCAGAAUAAACUGCCCACUUAAGUGCCCAGGGCUCUUGUUGCAGGUGUUGAUGACUUUCUACCAGCUGGAAAUCUUAGCAGAAGAGAUGAUUCUCUCCUGGUUUUCUCAACGGGACACAUCGGAUAAAGGCAGGCAGCUUCGUAAAAACCAGCGGGUGAGUCUCCAGGGUGAGAGGAAGCCUUUAUCGGCAGCUGUGUUGACACUUUCUGUUGAGACCAGCAAGUGCACACAUGGCACCUUUUGGCAGUCUCUCUCCAGGGUUUCAGGCAGAGGGAACUGCCAGCCCUACUUGGGGAUGGGGGAAUGAACCAAGGACCUUCUGCAUACAUUACAGGUGCUCUACUGCUGCGCUCCAGCCUAAUUAAGCGGGGUAACAUUCAAUAAUGUGCCAACACACCCCUGCUGGAGCCUGAAAUGGUACAGGCCAUUCUGCCACCUCAUUCUGUACCUGUAAGCCCCACGCAGUGUGUGGUAAACCAAGGAUGAAGCGAGCAAGCUUCUGUGUAUGUGUGGAUCAGCCUAUACAAGUGAGCUCAGUUGUCUGAAGCUGUUGGUGUUCCACUGGGGAGUUGCCUUUGCCGAUUUUGUCACGUCCUGUUACAGCUUCUUCUUUUCUUCCUCAGCUUCAGAAGUUUAUCCAGUGGCUAGAGGAGGCCGAAGAGGAGUCGUCCGAAGGGGAGCAGAACUGACCUGGCAGCCUCUCUCAGAAAGAGAUGCCCCCUCUCCCUGCUUCCAAGAGGGAGAGGGCCGCAGUGCCAGGCUUUGCCUGGCGAAGCGGCGGAGCGAGCAAGAGCGAGACCCGGUGCAUGGUGUGUACGUGGGGGACCUGAAAAUCAAAGCUGGCUGACAAUCCCAUUGCUGUUUAUGUACUUAGCAUCUUCCCCUGAAAAGGCACCGCACGCAGGACAGUGAGAGAGCAGUCAGAAGGAAAAGCCAGAGACAUGUGUAAUGUUAAAAGAUUUUUCUGAGACAUGUAUGUGUGAGGGUGCGUGUAUGUAUGUGUGUAUACAAACACACAAACAUGUAUAUGUAUACACACAAACAUCUAUGGUGCUGUAUAAGGAAGCUGUCCACUGGGACGGGGGCUUUGCUGCUGCUGGAGGUGGUGACAGAGGCAGAUCCAGACCGAUUUUCAUGUCAACCUUAACCCUUGGGGGCUUUGAGCCAUUUGUGUAGAAGACAGUCCUGUAAGACCAGAUGCCCCAGGAGCCCCUGCCUUUCCUGUAGUGCUGCACGUGCAGUGGGCGUCCCCCCAGUUUCAUUGAAGGGAACAGCUGGUAAAGCAACAUGAGGCAGGAAGAGAGUUCAGCAGCCCAAAGUCAGGGCCGAUACCCGAAGCCUCUGCUGCAGAUGGAGGUGGAGUUGUUCCUGGAUCCGGAGAGAUUCAGAAGAGAGGUGGCUUAGCUUCCGUUUUAGCUUGGAGGUCCACUUGGCAAUGCAGCCUUUGCCAGAAUCACAGAGCCUUUUCUGUUUCAACUUCUGUUCAUACAAAACGGGGAAACGUUCACCUACCUCACCAGGAGUUCAUUCAUAAAUGAAAAAUCUGUAGCAAGCGUCUUACGCCCCUGAUGGUGGGAGUCUUUUGUCUGCAUCAAGCCUGCUUACUGACCAGUCUUAACCCUUUGGAUCUGGAACAACAGAUCCACACCCAGCUGCAGCAGAACAGAUGUUCUUGGUAUCUUACCAAGACGCUGCUGGAGUCUGUCCUCUGCAGCAUUUGACAGAGGUUGCUUCAGAACCCUUUGGGAGUUCUGUUUUGGCCCUUGGGGACACUCAGACAGCAUAGAUGCAAGUUAGGUCAAUCACACAUGCUCCACAUAAUUCUAGAGAUUUUCCAGCCAUGCUUUGUAUAGGGCCUAACCAAGAUGGUUCCUUCUAGAUGUUGUGGGACUAGAACUCCCACCAGCCCCAGCCACUGUGACCAGUGAUCAAGGAUGAUGGGAGUUGUAGUCAAAGCAGCAUCUGGAGAGGAAUGCAUUGGCUAGCCCUGUUUUAUAUAAGAAACACUUAUGUUUCCUCUUAAAUACUGACAUCAGAAGGCCUGUGGUUCUGCGUUUGGCCUAGGAGUGUGUGGUAGCACGUUCUUCCUGCCCUGGCACCAUUCUCAUAAUUCACAGAGUCCUCAAGCAGCCACCUUCUCUUGAGUUGCAGGUCAGCAUGCAUCCUUCUGCUAAAAGGGAACAUGAGGCACAGCAGGCAGUUGCCUGCGUCUAUCAGUCAGUCUGACUUGUUGAUCUUGUUCCUUCCGGGAAAGGGCUGCAGUCUAUCUAGAGGAAGGGAACCCGAGCUUUGCCAGUCUGGAGGUGGCUGUAACCAUUGGUGCUGCUGUGCCAUGCUGGCACAUGUGGACUGCCAGAAGCCUCUGGGGGAGCAUUGCCUGCUGGGAUGGAAGCUCUUGAACAUUGGCGGUGGUGUUGGGUUCUUCUUGUCGCCACAUCCUCUUGUAAAUGUCGGGAAAGAAGAUGUGCUUUUUCUGUGUCUGCCAUUAUUUAAUUUGGGGAGUAAUUAAACAUCCCUUCCGCAAAGAAUGGGCUUUCUGUUCUGUAAUAUGUUGGUAUUCGAGCAAAAGUUUGGGUAGGCCUCAUUGGCCCAAGGCUCUUAAAUCCCAUUUACAUGUUGCUCAAUUGGUGUGGUUGCCAUAGCUCCUGCAGCAAUAUGUGUACCUGGAAUGAGUUCUGCCCGUGUGGUUCAUUUUCUUGUUAUGUUUACAAACCGCACAAAUGAUGUCUGGAUCCUUGGGCGGCCCGCCACUAAUGCAUGGUUUGCAAAUCUGUUAGGAAGCCAGACUAGGUGAGCGGAAGCCGUUCUGCCUCUCCAUACCUGCAUGGAGGGGAACGAACAACCACAGAGGUAGUGGCAAAUGUAGCAAUUAAAGGCAUGUCGAAUGGGGAGCUUAAGGUCCAUUCCUUGUUUUGUGUGCUGAACAGCAGUUCCAAAAUCCUUGUCGUGACUGGAUUCCACUGAGUGACUUAGUAGGGAUUUUAAGUGGAUUAAUGGGACUGGUAACCUUUUCAAUUAAGAGAUACAUGCCAUUCUGAGAAAUCAGAGAAAUACUAGUAGCUGUCUUAUUUUGGGUAACGUGACUGAUGGGGUGGCUAUAACACAAUCAGCAAUGGAAAACGACUCUUGGAUGAGCUUCUGACCUGAACCACGGCAAGGUUGGCAGGAUUGGGAAGUUGGUGGUGAUAAUGUAUUUAUGGUAACCAGUCACACACACACACACAGACACACACACACAGUUGAAAAUGGGCACUCCAGCAUUGGUAAUCCAAUUCACAUGUGAUUUAAAAAACAACACCUUUGUCCCAGUUCACAAGUGAUAGGAUUGCACUUCCCUGAUGAACUGUAAUCCAGUGAUUUCACUACUUAUUUCCUGAGAUAGUAAAUCGUAGCAGAAUGUGUUUCUUUCAAUCCUGGUGUCAUGCGAUGCACACAUCUUACUUACUUUUGCUAUGGGUAAAAUUUACCUCUCCUUUUUAAUAUUAACCUGGUCCCUUGAGAAAUGGAGGGUAAUGGCUGGCAAUUUUGAAAUCAGGGAAGGAUUUGUUGUUUUUUUAAUCUCCUCUCUUGGCUCUUGGAAAUGUGCCUGGUUUUAUGGAGCAUUAAAUUGAAAAGAGUCCCUAUUUGAGACUUUGUAAAAAUUUUGCUCUUCCUGCAGUGAUAAAUUCUGUAUAUGAAGCCUUCCUUAACUCCCCCGCCCUGCACACUAUAACUGUUUAUGAAUGCAGAUAUAACACUCCACAUGCUCUAGCCUACUGUGAGCUCUCCAAGUGUUUACAAGCUGUAUAAAAUGCAGACGUUUAAAAAUCUCGCUGGAUGCCUGAGGUUUUCUCUUUUAACAGUUCAAAGGUGGCUUUAAAAUGGGUUUGCCUUGUAAUUCCAUAUCUGAUGGGGGGUUUUUUGACUAGAGGCAGAGAAUACUUUGUGCCACGUAACAAAUCUAUGUUUUGCUCAAAUCCUGUGCUCUGAAAGUACCAAUUUUUAUUGUGUGCAUUGAUUGCUAACAUUCAGUCAUACUGGAAUUGAAGCAUUCUCUAGAUUUGUUGAACAAAAGAAUCCAGCAGUGGCAUCCUAUGCAUAUCUGUUUGGAGGGGGGCGGGAAAUCCUACUAGGCUCACCAGGAUUUACUCCCAAAGUGUGUUUUACGCAGCAGGCUUGAGAGUAUGAAAAUGAAGCUGUUACAAAUGAUAUACCAGAAGCAACCAUCUGAAAAACAUUUGCACCGUCCAGACCAAGGUUUUCCAAACUUGGGUCUCCAGGUGUUUUUCGACUAUAAUUCCCAUCAUCCCUAGCUAGCAGGACCAGUGGUCAGGGGUGAUGGGAAUUGUAGUCUAAAAACAGCUGGAGACCCAAAGUUUGGGAAACUUGUGUUCUAGAUGAUGUCCAGUGAUGUUACUUUUAAGAACCUUUCUUUUGAAGAGUAGCCAAGCCUGAAAACCUGAUUUCAAGGUAGACUCUCAGUUGUAGCUGAACAACCCUUUAUAUAUUCCUACUUGAUAAGAGGAAAAGAAACAGCUCCCCCCCAACCUAGGCCUAGCCUAUAUGCAUGUGGUUUGUGUUGAGCAGUUACACGAUUCCCUGAAAUAAUUAUGUGCUGGGGCCUAUCAAGCAUUUUGCUGGUAUAAAAAUGAAUAAUGUUGGAUGCGAAUCACUCCGUAGAAUAUAUCACAAUCUUUAAAUGUCCAUCAGCAUGACCCUUUAUAUGAAAUGGAGAGGAUGUGCCUGCUUCUCUGAUCCUGCUCAUGCAGUUGCCAAGGUACAAACAGAAAGACAGUGUUGGGCUAGUUGCUGAUAAAUCUCUUUGGUCAACAAUGGAAUUUGGACUAGGGGGUAGAAUCUUGCCUGUUUGGAUUGGCACGGUUCCACUUGAGAGGGUGGGAAACUAGCCUGAGUGCAGCAAUGGGAAUAACAAACCACAGUGCAAAACACAACCACCCCUGUGCUUGAGGCUAUGUGCAAACCAAUUCCACACAAGUUCGGAGAAGGAAUUGUGAGAGUGGCAUUGGGCACUGAAUUCUGCAUUCCUGAAAAUCUUUGCUUUAAAAUAAUGUUUAGCCUUCACGGGUGUGAAGAUAUGCUUGAAAGCUCAUGCAAAGGCUGAAGAAACCUUAGCCACAGGGAUUGCUAAGUAAGAUUUGUUCAAGGAAGAGGUGGGGCUUAAGACUUGCAUAUCUUUUUGGCCCUUUCCAUGACUAAUAGUAGCAGAAUGAAUAAUUCAGAAGAAAUUAUGCAACUGUACCUAAUUUGCAUAAUUAAAAAGGCUCCAGAACUUGCCUUUUCUUGCUGCAUCAUUUUAAUUUAUUUUGUGUUUUUUUAUUUUAAAUCUCUAUAAAUUCUGUAUAAAUAAAUGCAAGACAGCUUAGAAAAAAGAAAUGUCUUUAACACACAUCACUUGAGAAGGGGAAAUCAACAAUAAAAAUAAAACAUUUGGGGUUUUUUAUAUGCUGCUUUUCCACAGUAAACCAAGCAGUACAUAGUGUUGUACACUGCAUCUGUUUUGCCAGGUGAUCUGUUUAAACUGCCUGGUGGCAAUUUGAUCCAUUAAAAUAAAUAUAUU